AUUCCAUCUUUUUUCCCUUUUCGCGAAUUCCACUCCCUUGCGAUUUUGUCUUUUAGCUCUUUCGAGUCUCUGCUCUCUUAUCCUAUGGAGUGUUCCAUCUUCUGAUUGUUGUGAGGUCAUCUAAACAGCUAUGGCCGACAUGUCUACGCCUAAACACAGUCCUGAAUACGAAGGGGAGUCUUUUGACGACGCCCUUGAAACAGCCGAAAUCCAGGAGAACAACAACCUCAACGUCACCAUCCCCAAGUCCACUUCCACCCGAUCAUUGACCGACAGUCCUCCAAUUGGCUCACAUAUGUCUCCGGAAUCAACGGAGAAACCUCCGUUCCCUUCUGAAUCGCAGGACGAGAAGAAGACCGAGACCGCCGAGGAGCAGGACAAAGAUGGCGAGGGGCAGGACGGACAGAAUAACAAGAAAAAUAAAAAGAAGAACAAGAGAAAGGGGAAGAAACAGGAUGAAGGAACGGAUACCAACGAUGAGAAUAACUAUGACGCCAAGGACGAGGUGAACAUCGCGACCGAUGAGCCCACCCAGGGUGACCAGCCGGAGCAAGGGUCUGAGGUUACGCAGACAGAGAUAGAGAAGAACGAAGAAGACCACGAUCAGAGCCAAAUGCAGAAGUCACCUCUACUCACGUCCCACCGUUUAUCAACAUCAUCAUCGCUCGACGAGGUGAACCUGAUGAACAGCAAGGAAGACGAGCCGACAGACAAGGCACAGGGUCCAGGGGACAAAACAGAACCGCCUCCGUUACCUCCUAAGGACGAUUCAGCCCCUCCGGCAAGCGCCGGGCUGAUGGGUCUGUCGGGUGGCCUGCCCUCAAUCCCAUGGGCGGCUCCUCCAGUGAACAAGAACCCACCUAUUCCUCAGCCAGCCCCGCCUCGAAAGCCUAGUGGCCCCUUUGCGUGGUUCUCUCGAAGCUCAACCUCGACCACUGCAAAGGACAUCAAAUCCCCACCCCACUCUGCCAGUCGACGCAACACUGCCACCUCCGUAUCGACCCUUGGCAGCAACCUAGACCAUAUCGCUCGUGAUGGCGACGACGUCUCGAGUGUCGGUUCAAAGAAGCCGAGACGCAAUAGCCUGAAGGAUCAGUUCAAGAUGCUGCGCCUGCGUGAGGAGAGCCAUGCGCCAGAGCUCGAUCAGACGAGCGUGCGAUCGGGCCAGGCCAGCAUCAGCCAGUCUGGAGCUAGCCCCCCGAUCAUCCCAGAGGAAGGAGAGGAGGGCAUCUUGGCAGCAUCGGGAGCUAUUUCACCUUCGAUGACCGUUGCUCCUGGGAGAACGGGUUCUGUAGUUGAUGCUUCCACCCCGGUGGACUGGGAGAUGUGGCAACACCUUGUGAAUAAUGGGCCCCAGGCCUUGGCAAGCUCAGAGGAACUGAAUGCUGCCAUCAAACGAGGUAUUCCUCAGACGAUCCGAGGAGUGAUUUGGCAAAUUUUGGCGGAUUGCCAGACUGCUGAUUUGGAGGACAUCUAUCGAGACCUCGUGGCGCGUGGCACAGCGCAAGACAAAGAUGGACGAACUGGCACUGAAACUACGUCGUCGCGCUCUUCAGUGCGGUCCCACCACUCGGGUUCCGGAUCACGGUCUAGCAGCGCUGCCCCUAGCCCAUCUCGCGAAGGAGACGCAGAUAAGUUGUCAAAGGAACAUGCCUCCAAUGACACCGACCGUGUGAAGAAAGCAAAGACAGACGCUGUUGCGCUGCAAAAAUUGGAGAAGGUCAUCAGGCGAGACCUGGGUGCUCGCACCAGCUACGCGAAAUACUUUGUUUCCCAGGGUAGCCAGGAAGGCCUCUUUGGGCUCUGUAAGGCAUACGCCUUGUAUGAUCCGGGAGUUGGAUACGCGCAAGGCAUGAACUUUAUUGCUAUGCCAUUGCUGUUCAACAUGGACGAAGUCGAUGCUUUCGCCAUGAUGGUCAAGCUGAUGAAUAAGUACUCUCUACGAGAUAUGUUCAUUCAGGAUAUGCCUGGGCUUCACCGAAGCCUAUACCAAUUCGAACGACUUCUAGAAGACCUAGAACCCGCUCUCUACUGCCAUCUCCGGCGCCGUGGAGUUCCUCCUCAGCUCUAUGCCACGCAGUGGUUCUUGACCCUGUUCGCCUAUCGUUUCCCGCUGCAACUGGUGCUUCGCAUCUACGACCUGAUUUUCGAAGAGGGACUAGAGACCACCAUCCUCAAAUUCGGUGUUGCGAUUAUGCGACGAAAUGCAGACGCGUUGCUUGAAAUGAAAGACAUGAGUGUGCUCACUAAUUUCUUGAAAGAGCGUUUGUUCGACGCCUACAUUGACAAGCAGCCAUCCACCUCGUCAAUCCUGGAGUCAGGCUUCUUCGGAAGCUCCGGUGCCUCUGAUAAGGAGAUCUACCGAUCCGACAUCAUGGUUCAGGACGCCUGCGCCAUUCCGCUCACGUCCGAGAUGCUUGCCACGUACACCGCCGAAUGGGUGGAAAAGACCCGAACUGAGAAAGAGCGUGAAGUCGAGCUGGAGCACCUGCGGCACACUGUGAGCACGCAGGGCGCGCGUGUCCGACUUCUCGAGGAACGUGCCGAAGCAUCAGACAAGGAGCAUGUGCAAUUGGCCUCUGAGCUGGUUCACGUUAAGGUUGAGAAUGAGGAGCUGCGCGACCUCAACGAGGCGCUGGAACUCCAGGUCAGCGAACUCAAGAACGUGGUCGACAAGCAACCGGCCGAAGUUGAGGAGAAGCUGCGCCUAGAAAUGGAACGGAUCAUGAAGCGGAACAUCGAGGUGCAAAACGAGAACCGUGCGAUGGAAGAAUCAAUGUCCGACAUGGAGAAGGAGUUGGUUGCCACGAAAAUGAAGUGGGCAGAGAUUUCCGAGAACCACGAGACCCUCCGCCAGAAAUGGAGCGACCUCCGUCGUGCCCUCGACUGAUUACAUCGUUGCUCCUAUUACUACUCCACCUCUCGACCCCGGAUAACAGUAUCCGGUUCUGUAUAUUUGGAAUGCGCAGAUGAGAUGGCGAGGAUCUGCGAUCACGUCCUACCUUGCGCAUUUGCACCAUGCUUAUGGGCCGGGUCUUUUGCUUUUGUCCUGAUUUACUCCCCGUUGCUUUCCCCCGUUUUCAGCCAAUAUUAUGAUUUGCGCCCCUUUUACGACCUCGACCUCUUCCCCAAGCUCUCAGCAUGCCAUUUCUGGAAGGCAUCGGUGUUUUACUACCUGUUGAGUUAUAUUUGCUUUAGUGUGUAUGUCUAUCUCCGAUCCUCGGGCAGGGCGUACUAGACGUAUGCAAUGUACAUCAUCAAUGGACUUUGUUCUCUUACUGUGUCAGCUCUACCUUAUCUCUAC